CUCUUUCUGGUAUCUCAAUCUCCCUCUCACACUCUGGUCCGUGCCUUCACUCUGCUCUCAAUUCUAUCAUCCCAUCAGCUUCAGAUCAAGGCUUGGACAAAACCAUGGCUGAAAAGAAAGUCACAGAAAUGGUGAUCAAGGUUGACCUUGAAUGUGAGAAAUGCCACAAGAAAAUCAAGAAAGUGCUGUGUAGAAUCCCUCAAAUUCAGAACCAGACAUAUGACAAGAAGGCAGGCAGGGUGACCAUCACGGUGGUAUGUUGCAGUCCUGAAAAGAUCAAGGAAAAGAUAAUCUGUAAAGGAGGUGAAGCUGUCAAGGGCAUUGAGAUCAAGGUUCCAGAGAAACCCAAAGCAGCACCCGAGAAACCCAAAGAACCGGAGAAGCCGAAAGAACCUGAAAAGCCUAAGCAACCGGAGAAGCCCAAAGAACCGGAGAAGCCGAAAGAACCUGAAAAGCCUAAGCAACCGGAGAAGCCCAAAGAACCGGAGAAACCCAAAGAACCGGAGAAACCCAAAGAACCGGAGAAGCCGAAAGAACCUGAAAAGCCUAAGCAACCGGAGAAGCCCAAGGAACCGGAGAAACCCAAAGAACCAGUGAAGCCGAAAGAACCGGAGAAACCCAAAGAACCGGCCCCAAACCCAGCUCCAAACCCUGCACCACCACCAGCUAAAGCUCCGGAACCAGUCCACCCAAGGACAUGUUGUGCUGAAUGCUACCAUGGGAUUAGUGGAGGCCCAUGUUAUCAUGACUAUGGUAGGCCAGCACCCCCAUGUUAUGAAGCUUAUGGAAGGCCAGAGGAUGAUAGUUGGUCUGGCGGCGGCGGCGGCGGCGGCUGUGGUUGCCAAAGAAGCGGUUACUAUGUGUGCAGAUGUGAAUAUGUCUGUGAAGAUAAUCCCUCGUCAUGCAGAAUCAUGUGAAAGCAUGUAGAGAUAUCGCCUUAAGCCGAUUUCCACCAAAAAUUACUGGAUAUGGACAGUAGUAUCGUGUGGAUAUGAUCAAAUGAAACAAUAGCAUUAUUCAUGCUCAUGUCAUAACCUUGUCUUGCUACCUAGUUGUCUGUUGAAAUGCUGGGGUCAGCUUUGGCUGCAUUUUGGGUCUUCUUUCUUCGUUAUAAAGAUUUUAUGUGAUACAAUAAGGGUGGUGAUCUUGUGGGAACAAUAUUUUAUUACAAGAGAUGUGAAGAUUUUUAAUAAAUUAAUAUAAGGGAUUUUAAA